UCUGUUAAUUUUAUAGCAAUUCAUUAUCAUCUUCUUUCUUAUUCAAGAAAGUCAAGAAAUCAUCUUUCAAUGUCGCCGUUCAAAGCAAUUAUGCCUCCAUACGGAUCAAUAUCACUUACAGGAAGAAAGAAUACAAUGGGAGACGCCAUAACAAUGGCGCCAGGAUUACUUUCAUCAAACAAAAUCUCUUUAUUCGCAGUUUACCACAGCACCGACGACGGAGGAAAUCUAGCGUCUUUUUGGAGUACCCGUUUCCAUAUUCUUCUUCACCGUCGACUAAUCUGUGAAAGCUCUUCCACCGGAGAAGAAGGUGGAAUGGAUUGGGCUAAGAUCAUGAGAGCUAGUUUUGAAGAUAUGCACUUGCAUUCAAAUACAGGGGAAGUGAUUACGGUGGCCGGAGUUGUAGUUGUUUUGACGGAGAAGAAGCUUAUAGUUUCUGUCACCUGUCAUUCCAUGGCAGUUCUUUGCCGUGGUGGUAAAGCUGUUCCUUUAAUCAAUGAUCGAGAGAUUGACAGGGUUUAUAAGAAACAGAGGAAUGGGUAUGAUCAGAAUUCACAGAUGGUAGAGGUUUUGAUUAAAGACAGAGAUGAAGAAGAUGAAUUUUUGAUAAUUGGAAGUGGGGGUUUAUGGGGGGCUGUUUCCGGCGAAGAAGCUUGUAAAGCGACGGCGAGAUUCUUACUUAAGUUUCCUAUGGGUGGAUGGGCGGCGGAUGCAGCCGCCAUGCUUGCAGAGAUAGCUUUGGCCAAGAACAGCUUAGAAAAUAUUACUGUAAUUGUGGUUGAACUCAAAAAACACUAAUUGCAGAUAAUUGAUGUUUGAUGGGUCUGUUUAUUUUAUUUGUAAUUUGAAAAGAUCUUUUAGUUAUGUUUAGGUUUGGAUAGAUUAAGGUUUUACUUGAUAGGAUGA